UACCUUUGUAUUAAAGCUAAAAUGUAAAAUUCAUAAUUUUUUUUUUAUUUCACUGUUAUAUAACUAACGAAAACGUUUUUUUUUUUUAUUUUAGAUAGUCCUCUAAUGUAAUGUAAUACAAUUUGUGAUUUUAUGGCGAAUGUAUCGUUUAGAAAAAUGAGACUAAUAGGAGCUGACUAAUAGUGAAUACAGAACCAAACAAAAAAAUGUUUAAUAAACACACCCUAUUUUCUAUUACGUAAUAGUGUAUACUAUCUAAGCGAAUGACCUUGUUUGAAGUCAAACAAGUUUAAACAAGAGCCUGCGAGGAGUACUCUAGCUGAUUUUACCCAGGCCACGUACCUAUGUUUUAAUGUUAUCCACGAAAAAUGUCUUAUAAGAAAUAAAUCAAAGAAAGUAUUUAGUUAUAUCACAAUGUCGGUAGAGAUUUAACGUUGAACGUUUAAUCUUGAACUUCUUUGAUAAUUAAUAACUAUGUUUUCAAAUACUUUAAAACUAGUUGCUAUUUAUAUAUUAACUUUUCCAUUUUUUAUUGGAUGCUUUUGGUCUAAAUAUGAUUACGAUGGUUCAGUAUAUCCUCCUGUAAUGGAAUCGAUGCUGUCGUAUUUAUCCGAAUCACUAGAAUGGGAUGCCCAAGAGCCGAAAGAUCAGGAAAAUAUCUUAACGAAAUAUGAUUUUAUUGUAGUUGGAGCAGGUAGUGCUGGAGCUGUUGUAGCAAAUAGACUAUCAGAAAUACCUCAAUGGAAUGUAUUAUUAAUUGAAGCCGGCCGAAAAUCUUCUCAUAUCAUGGAUAUACCAGUUUUAGCUAUUCUAUUUCAAGCUACCGAAAUUAAUUGGAAAUAUUCUUCAGUAUCGAAAAACAAUUCUUGCUUAAGUUUUGACGAGCAACGCUGUAAGAUACCAAGAGGAAAAGUAAUGGGAGGAAGUAGUGUUUUGAACUUUAUGAUAUAUACAAGAGGUAACAAAAAAGAUUACGACUCCUGGGUCGCAAUGGGUAACGAAGGUUGGGGUUACGACCAAGUGCUUAAAUAUUUCAUAAAAUCAGAAAGAGCCAAUUUAUCAAGGAGCGACGAAAGUUUCCACGGCAAAGAUGGACUUCUUUGGGUUAAUGAUGUUCCAUAUAAAUCUCACGUAUCUGAAACUUUUAUAAAGAGCGCAUCUCAAAUUGGACAUCCGAUCAUUGAUAUAAAUGGUGAUAAACAAAUAGGAGCAAAUUAUUUGCAAACAACCAUGAUGAACGGUCGAAGGUGGAGUACUAACGCAGCAUUUUUGUUUCCAGCAAGAAAAAGAAAGAAUUUACACGUAAAAAAAUACAGUACAGUUACUAAAAUUUUAAUUGAUUCUGUCUCAAAAACAGCGAUUGGAGUAGAAUUUGUGAAUGGGCGUAAAAAAUAUAGAGUUUAUGCUAGAAAAGAAGUUAUAGUUAGUAGUGGUGCAAUAAACUCACCACAAUUGCUAAUGUUGUCGGGCAUUGGACCUGAAGCUCAUUUAAAAGAAAAAGGCAUUCCUGUGCUGAGGAAUUUACCAGUGGGUGAAAAUUUAAUGGAUCAUGUAUCAUUGGGUAGUGUUUUCAUUUUGAUAAACAAUACCAUUUCUAUGAAAAUGAACAGAUGUUUAAAUAAUCCAUAUAUUACUUAUAACUUCAGCGUAGGACAUGGCGGUCCGGCGUCAUUACCUGGUGGCACAGAAGCAUUGGCAUUUUUUGACACACAAAAGCCUAAUGAUCCUAAUGGAUAUCCUGACUUAGAGUUACUUCUAUUGUCAACGUCAUACACGGCAGAUACUGCACUUCACAGAUAUUUUGGCAUGCGUAAAGACUUUUAUAAUAAAGUUUAUUACCCAGUUAGAAAUAAAGACAGUUUCAUGAUUUUUCCGAUGGUUAUGCGCCCUAAAAGUAGAGGACGUGUAUGGCUGAAAGAUACUAAUCCAUUUCACUAUCCACUUAUCGAUCCUAAUUAUUUUGCUGAUGAGGCUGACUUGGAUGUAAUCGUAGCCGGCGUGCGUAUUAUUCAAAAGAUGUUGAAGACUGAUGCAAUGCGACAACUAGACGCUCAAAUAUUGACAACUCCGUUACCAGGUUGCACCGACAUUUCCUUUGAUUCAGACGCUUACUGGAAGUGCGCGGCCAGACAGAUUAGCUAUUCGAUUUAUCAUUUAUCUGGUACAUGCAAAAUGGGACCAAUAGGCGAUCCUACAGCAGUGGUUGAUCCAAGGCUUCGUGUGCAUGGUAUCAAACAUCUUAGAGUUAUAGACGCUUCAAUUAUACCUGAAAUUCCUGUUGCUCACACAAACGCACCAACUAUUAUGAUUGGAGAAAAAGGAGCAGACAUGAUCAAAGAAGAUUGGAAUGUACCUUUUUGAUUAUCAUUUUUAAAACUUGGUUUGAUAUUAACUAUUAUGUGUCGUUAUGAUGAUCUAAUUUAUUGAUUGGAUUUUAUUAAGUCUUUUGACUUUUUAAGGAUUAUAUAUUCUAAAGUAGUUCAUAUUAUCAUAAUAUGAACUACUUUAGAAAUAAACACAAACUCAAUUCCAUUCUAUUAUUAUAGUACAAAUAGCAAAACUUAAAAUGUAUGUUUUUGAUCAAUAUUGAAAAAGUAUGCAUUUUAUUUUCGAGACCAAAUUUUGCAGUUGAUUAUUUAAAAUCACUGGUUUAAUCUCAAAUUUUUUGGAUCGUUUGAUGGUUUAUGUUAUCAAAUUGAAUAAUUUUUAUUUUUCGUUUUGUGAUAUCAGUUCAU